AUGCUCCACGAAAUCCUCCUCUCCCUCUCAGGACACCCUUCCCCCUUGCUCCGAACCGCCCAAGCCUCAGACCCCAAUGCGCCCGCUAGUGCCCUGAUCUCGCCGCCGGAGCGUGAGCUCCUGCGCUCGGUCGCGCACUUGAGCGAGCUGCACGUCAAGCUGCUCAGCUUCAGCGCCCAGACUGCUGCUUCGCACCGUUCCAUGAUAUGCCGUGCCGUCGCCACCGCGGUCAACAGCCUGCACCUGGCUGCUUUCCAGCGCAAGGUGCUGGAGGUGGAGGAGACUAUCCUGCGCAAGGACGCGGGCCUGGUGGGCGCUUAUAAUAUCGUGCCUUUGACGGCCGUUGUCGGCGAGUUCAGCGGCUGGACGAGGAGGUUGGAGUGGCUGUGGGACACGGUGCAGUUCAUGCUCGUCAAGGAGAGAAGUUCAGAUGGCACUGAGACGUUCUGCACCGGGGCAGCCAUCAUCAACAGACUGCGCGGAGAGUUGCAGACGGGGUAUGCGGAUAUUGAGGAGACGGCCAGGAGUCUGGUCAGGGUAGCCGAGACCGCCUGGGUGAAGCAGGUGUCCGCCUGGAUCUUGUACGGCCGACUUCCCGGUUUUGGCGCCGAGGACUUCUUCAUCCAGCAGCCGUCAGACGGAGAGGAUGACUUCAUUUCACUCCCAAGUCUUCUCCCGUCCUUUGUCACCUCGCCGACAGCAGCGUCCAUGCUCUUCAUCGGGCGAUCCCUGAACCACAUUAGGGCCAAGAGCAGCCUGGAAGGCGGCAUGCAAGGGAUGGACCAUCUGUCGUCCCAGCUGCGAGAGCUCUCUCAGCUAACGUAUCCACUGGAUAGUGCUACCUUCUCACGAACAGUCACAAGCAUCAGACUCUUUCUCUCUCGGAAUACUCUACAAAAGCUUCUGCCUUUAUCAAGGGUCCUGGAGAUGCUCCACCUCCUCAGAGACUUCUUUCUCCUCGGUCGUGGCGAGUUCGCGAUGGCACUAUCACAACAAGCGGACGAGAAGAUACGCAGCAGAUGGCGGAGGGCUGACAACCUGGCUCAUGAGAAGCGUGAUGGCCUGAGCAGCGUCGUCGUGAAAGAGGGUGAGGUCAUCGCUGUCCUGACCAGGACAUGGGCCGCGAUGAGCUCAAUGCAGGCGCAUCAGGUCGAAGAAGACGAGGGUCUUGAAUUGGCCAGAGAUCUCCUCAAGCUGGCUCUGGCAAAGUCAAAAUCGAACACUCCUGCGAGAUUGGGACCAGCAAGCCAGAUAGUGCCAACCCCAUUUCGAAACCUCAUGUUCUCUGUUCCCGUCAUUCUUACCGUCCGCGUCCCUUCGCCCCUGGAUCUCUUCCUCAGCCCGUCUGACGUGCAGGCUUAUACAGCCAUCAACUCUUACCUUCACUCCAUUCGCCGCGCGCACCUUCGGCUCACAGACCUAUGGAAGAUCACACCGCUCAGGAGACACCACCCGCCACCACCCAAACCGGCGCAAGGGAGUACCAAAGGAGGCCGGGCCCGUGUGAUCCUGCUGCGGGAGCGACAAGCCCGCCGGAUGCUCGCCAUGCGCAGCACAUGGACCACGUGCAGCGCGGCGAUCUUCUUUCUCGCCGAGGUCGAGGGGUACCUGCAGGUCGAGGUCGUGGCGGAGCUGUGGGAGGGCCUCCAGCGAUGGCUCACAACGGGCAGCGACGAGCACCGGCCGCCAGAGUCCACGAGGCCAUCACGAGUGCCCACGCCCGCCCCUGUAGAGGACUUGGACGCAAUGGAAGAGGAUGACGACGAGGACAUGUGGCUAGCUGAAGGGGUCAAGACCCCGCGCCCGCGGGAUCUCGGCAUAAAAGACAAACACCCUCACGACCCCCAGACCUUGGCUGCUGCGCACCGGCUGUACUUGGCCACGCUUGUCCGCAGACUACUGUUGUCACACCAAGACUUUACUGAUCCGCUGUAUUACCUCCUUGUAGAGGUGGACCAGCUUGUAGCUCUGGUCCAUCGGCUGCAAGAGAUAUGGAAUGCGGUAGACCUCGAGGAAGACGUGGGCGUGGUGGAUGCCUUUGUUGAUCUGGAGCGCGAGGAGCGUGAUGUCAAGGGACAGAUCAAAUCCGUGGAAGACAAGAUCAAGGCUGGCAUCGAGGGCGUCAUCACGGUGUUACGGAGUCUUGAGGCAGAUCACGAGGGCCUGGCUUGGGGGAGUGAUGAUGUCGCCGAUGAUGGCGAGGGUGGUGCUGGCCUAAGAGAAGAGGGACAAUACGUGCCACGCCGUGUGGGCGGUCUAGAUCGAUUGUUGAUGAAGCUGGAUUUUGGGAGCUGGUUCAACCGCGGAGACGUUGCCGCAGAUCAAGACAUGUGA